UAGCUUGCUUCUCUCUUUUAUUUUGCAAAUUACUCGAGGUUUUGAAUCUAAUCGUUUAGAUUUUGAAGCCUUAAUGUUCGUAUCCAUUCACUUGCAAGAAGAUUGAAAUAUGAGAUAAUGUAUUUUCCUGUAGUAAGAUAAUAUUAAUAGAUUUACUUAUCUCAGGAUAAUCGGCGUAUUUUAGCCGUGCGCCAAAUCCAUUGAUCUCUCCUCUUUCUCUGCUCAUCACUGGCACCACGGUCCUCUUCCCUGCAUCGUUUUGAUCCGAUUCGAUGGCUGCUCCACCUGCUAGGGGUAGAGCCGAUUACGAUUACCUCAUCAAGCUCCUCCUCAUCGGUGAUAGCGGUGUGGGUAAGAGCUGUUUGCUGUUAAGGUUCUCUGAUGGCUCCUUCACCACUAGCUUCAUCACCACCAUUGGGUUUGUAUUAUCUUUAUCCAUCCAUGUUAAGAAUCAUCGAUACCAAACGCAUCAAGCUCCAGAUUUGGGAUACUGCUGGUCAAGAACGUUUUCGAACCAUCACCACUGCUUAUUACCGAGGGGCAAUGGGCAUUUUGCUGGUCUAUGAUGUCACAGACGAGUCAUCCUUUAACAAUAUUAGGAACUGGAUUCGUAAUAUCGAACAGCACGCUUCGGAUAAUGUCAACAAGAUCUUGGUAGGGAACAAAGCCGAUAUGGAUGAGAGCAAGAGGGCUGUUCCAACAUCAAAGGGUCAAGCGCUGGCUGAUGAAUAUGGAAUCAAGUUCUUUGAAACAAGUGCCAAAACAAAUCUAAAUGUGGAAGAGGUUUUCUUCUCGAUAGCAAAGGACAUUAAGCAGAGACUCACAGAUACUGACUCGAGAGCAGAGCAUGCGACGAUUAGGAUAAGCCAAACAGACCAGGCUGCUGGAGCCGGACAAGCCACGCAGAAGUCUGCAUGCUGUGGAACUUAAAAGUUACUAAAGUCGAGAAGUUGAAAUGGAACAAACCAGAUUUGUCUAGGGUGCUUGUGUAAUUUUUUUCUUCUAUUGAUGAUUGUUCUUAAUUUGCGUUUUUAGCUUGUUCAUGAGGGUAAUAGAAUCUUUAAAACAAUCAUAUGUCGCUGUAGCUGAUUCUGUGGCUAAAUUGUACCAUUCAAUUCAAAAGGAACGCUCUUCUUUGCCAUA